AUGCCCUCAAAGCACGCCUUCGUCGCGCUGCAGGACCGCUAUGUGAGCUCUUUAGCGGUGGCUUGUUGCCCUACUAUGGACCUUAUUGCAGUACUCACCCUUGAACAUCACCUCGUAGUUCACCGGACAACAUCGUGGCAAAAGUUGCUACACAUUAAUCCAUCAGACGUCAGUUUUGAGAUGAUGACGUUGGCCUGGAGACCGGAUGGACUGCAGCUCGCAGUCGGGUGUGACGACGGAGACGUGGCAAUUUUCGAAAUCGAGUCCGGAGAAAUCUUGCCUCAAAGACGCAGCAACUUUUGCCAUAAACAUUGCAUCACUGCUAUGCACUGGGCUCAGGCUACUAGAGAUGGGACUUUGAAUCGUGAUUCUACAGCCAAACGACGUCGUCGGAAGGUUUGUGGAGCUGUCGGUAAUUUCUGGAGCUCUCAUGACACGAUGUCCCAGUCAAAAGUAAAGUUUCAACAUCGAGCGUCGAGGUUUCUUGGGGAUGACUGUAAAACUGCGCACCCUGAUACACUACUAGUCACUGCUGAUGAACGGGGUUUUAUUGCAUUGUGGUGGAUGGGCAGAGUACUUCUUACCCGCAUCGAUGUGAGUAAACACUUUACUGACGAUGAGUUCCGGAUAUUAGACUCGAUGGGGCAUCAACGAGGUGAAGCAGGUGGCUUCCGUGUUGAGCAGGUGAGUUUUGCGCCAGACUUAUCGUUUAUUUCCGUUGUGCUCGUCUUUAUGGGUGAUGGCAGCGGCCAAGCGGGUAAAGCAGUAGAUGAAAAAGAGUCGAAGCUGUAUCGAAUAUUGGCCUUAGAUAUGACGGCAGUUUGUGACAUUCUCGAAGAUGUGGCACUUGUGGCGAACAUAAUCGAUUGCGUGAACACACUGUUUGAUCAGAUUGCUUUGUACAGUCGACAAGUGAGCACUGAAUGGAAAAAUGCAACUCGCAUCUUUGAGCUCAAGAUGGGGCUAAUCGGGCUACUUUAUGAAAAGUACGCAUGCGAAGAUUUGCCGCAAGAAGAUAUGUUGUCAGUAUUAGUGACGGGUAUCACCCCGCCUGCACUGGCUCAGUAUUUUGCUCAAGACAUUCAAGAGAUGAGCGUGUAUCGAAUGCAGAAAGCCAUAUUCAGUGGUUGUGAGUCGCUUACAGUACUGGCUGAAAGCAAAGUGAAGCCUGCCUUAGUUAAAGUCCAGUUUCUUUUGUCCGAGUUGCGUGGCCACGCUAGGUGGAAUGAAAAUUACGCAGCUACUCUGGGAAUCACUACUAGUGCCCUUGACGACCUCGUCCAGGCAACACAAGAUGCCCUCGUUGAAUUGGAGGCACUUAUAUUAGCCAUACACGAGACUCACCAGGAUUUUGCGCUCUUUUUUCAGUGGAUAUUAGAACGUGUCCGUAUUCACACAAACUCAAAUCGGUCGAGAGGGGAAGCAAGUGCUACAGCAAAUGGUGGUCGGGAUGUAAAAGAUCCAAGUGGCUCAAAAUCUCUUCUAAACUUGCGGCGCCUGUGUGAUUUCUUACAACGUGCUGCAAAAGCUGCUCAACAUUUCCGACUGCAACAAUCAAGUGACAAUGUGUACAAAGUCGAAACAACGUUUGGGAACUUGUUGUCUUUCCAGCUAGCAGCGCGGCCAAUCCCAUUAAAAGGCAAUACGGAAAAUUUGGGUGUAGGAUUCCCUGCCCGCGUUACGUGUAUCCAACAUCAUUGGUUAGUCUUACUGGACACGAUGGCAGAAACACUAGCGCUUGCAACUAGGCGUGAAAAGAGUGGGGGCUUUACGAUUGGUAACGCCAGUAACACUGUAGAAGAAUGUCACCUACAUUUUCGGCAGCCAUUCAGCAAACUGAGAUUGGAUGAAAUUGCCAAAAACGAUGAUCAGAGUGAUGACGAGCAAAACUGUGAAGAGACAAUUGAUUGGAACUCCCUCAACCACUACGGGUGCAUGAGGGAUGACCAGGCCGAAUGCAAUACGAUGAUGGCCGGCUUUCGAUUACAUUCGGGCGUUCUAUUGCUUCUGCGUGCAUCUCAAGGUGUGGAUUAUCCUCAUCUUCGCCACAAGUCGCCCUUAAAUUUGAUUUGGGAUGCUGCGGUAAUAAGUUUUUCAGGAGGGUCUUCUGCAGAUAUUAUUCGUUGCCAAAGCUUUGACUUUUACGGAGAUAGGUCAUUGGAAAGGCAACAAAUGCUUGCAUUCGUAGUGAAUCACACUGUUGAUGGUCAGGUGCACGAAGAGUGGUUGUAUCUCCAGUCGUACGACAACGUUGAGUUCUCGCAUACAAAGUUAACUGGCUCAUUUGAGGCGAUCAUUGCCCAAAGCGUCAUCCAACCCUUUAAUCUUGACCAUUCUCGAGGACGAGUCGUUGCUUCGCCUUCAACUUCCUCGCAGUCCGCUAAAAACGUGACUUCUGUGAUUUCGGCUGCAGCUCGAGGAGUUUUGUGCGUCAUCUUACCACCCAAUCGCUUAGUUGUGUUCGAUGCAGAAGACUGCGAAGAUGAUGACAGCGAAAAUGAAGAUGUUGUGACUGACUAA